GCAACUGCAUUAAUUUUCGUUUUUCGCAUUUUUCGCAGACAGCGAAGCAGAAGUCGAAAUGUUCUUUUAUUUGUUUAGAAUUUUUUGAUUAAAAUAAAAAAACAAUUAAUUAUGGCUUAUCGCCGAAAAUUAGAAGCAUUAGGAUACAAGCAAUUCAAUGAAUUUAAUGUAUUUUCUGAUGAUGAUUUUCGAAGUCUUGUUGUUUGGUUAGAAGAUCAGGUUAUACGUCAGUAUCCUAUAGAAGACAGAUCACCUCUUCGUAACAUCACGAAUGCCGCAUGGGAAGAUGCAUUCAAAGUGUAUUUAGCAGAUUUAGCAUGCCCUUUUACCGAAAAAGAAGAAAUUUGUGAUUGGCUCUUAGGUUUGGCUGUAAGAUUAGAAUAUGGGGAUAAUGUAGAUAAAUUUAAAAGCAUCAACACUAAAAAUUCGGAUGUCAAAUCUGCUAACCCACAGAUUAGUGCAAAGAAUCCUUUAGAUAAUCUAGAUUUUGAAAGUGCUGAAUUCAAAGGUUUAGUGAAAUCUCUCGCAAACACCCUAAACAUUGCUCAGCAUCCUGAUCAUCUAGAAACUUUAAGUGCUGUUUGUUCUGUCAUUAAAAGUUCUUACUCGAAAACAGCACUUGAAUCUAGACAAAGCAAAAAAAGUGGAAAAUCUACCUCUGUAUUGGACAGUUCAUUAGAGUUUGAAAGCAGUGAUCCAGUUCUUAACAAGGCUGCAAAAAUAUUGAGAUUAUGUUUUGUACAUGAUCUUAGAGAAUUGCAAACCAAAAUAAAUGAAAUUAUUGUAAGUGUUCAGAAUGUUACAGCUAAUCCCAAGACUGAUACUCGACUUGGUAAAGUUGGUCGUUAAAUAUAACUCUGUAUUUUCGACUCUGACUUUUAAAGUCACGCUUGCACCAUAUUCCUGUUGAGUAUAAAAUCUGAGCUACUAUCUAUAGUGUUCCUUGGAGCACCUUGCAAGUAUAAUAAUAAAAAAUUUUCUAAAAAAACUUGU